UUUCUAAUCUGGAUCAAUUCUCACUUGGAAUACACGUGUUCUACAUCAUCUACUAUCAAGUCGAGUUUAUCUCUUACAAUGGCAUCAACAAGAAUGGAUCAAAGAGAAUGCGAUCAGGGCUGGGAAACAAUAGAUGUUAAGGAUGAAGACGCCUUCAACGAGCACCAACUUAAGUGUGUGCAAGAGAUUUUACCACAUGGCUACAGGUAUCAAGUGACGUCAUUUGAACCAAAAUCUGAGGGAAAAUUCACAUGUGAAGUCCGGCUGGCAAUAUUUGAUGCAGAUGCUGUAAAAUUGUGGCUUCAGAAAUUUCAAGAAAGAAGCAAGGUUACAUUGCGUGCUAGGUCUAGUGUGCCAGCAAAGGAGCGGGGCAAAAAUAUCUAUAAACAAUACUUCAGAUGCCAGCACAAUACCAACCCGGUUUCUGCUACAGCCAACAGCCGUCUUGGUUCCAAAAAUUCAAACUGUCCAGCACUGCUAACAAUUGUUGUACGGAGACAGCUUGGAAAAUGCAGCAGAGCAAAGAACAUAGACCCACUUUUGAAAGAUUUCCCUACAUUCCUUCGGAUUGAACAUAAUCACAAUCAUAAUCUGUAUGGUGCUGAUUCCCUGCGUCAUAGGGAUGUAAAUGAUGAGACAAUCGCCAAAUUCAAGGGACUUUUUUCAAAGGGCCACUCUCCAUAUUCAGCACUUGAGAUGCAUAAGAUGGACCUCCAAAUGGAACAUGGAGGGGAUUACAUUUAUCGGGCUGCUGAUAGAGCUUUUUGUCCUGAUCUGUCCUUUUGCCACAGGCUGCACAGAAAGGUAUUUGAAGAGAAAAACUCAUCAACCUCUUCAGAACAGUUGAUUGAGAGCUUAGAGACAGCCUGCAGGACAUUCAAUGCAGAACAAAAUGGGGAGUUCUGCAAGGUAAAAGCAACAGCAUCAGGGAAGAUAGCCAUAGCUGUCUGCACUCCCCUCAUGAUGAGAGUGCACACACUUCAUCGUGCAAGCGGUGAACUCGUUUUUAUGGAUGCCUCAAGAGGGAUGGACAGGUACGACUUCAGAGUUUUCCUGCUUCUCACUCACAGUGUUGCAGGUGGACUCCCUUUAGGGUGUCUUAUUGUUUCUUCUGAAGCAACAGAAGUAAUUGCAGAUGCUUUGUCUCUAUAUAAAGAACUUUUGCCAUCUGAUGCCUUUUUUGGAAGAGGUAAUAGAGGACCUCAGGUGUUUCUCACAGAUGACAGUAGUUCUGAAAGGCAGAGCCUGCAAGCUGCAUUCCCUGAAGCAACACUUCUUCUUUGUACGUUCCAUAUACUUAAAGCCACUUGGCGCUUCCUCUGGCAUGCCCGGAACAACGUACAAAAAGAAAGCAGGCCUCACUUACUGAGCAUCAUCAAGAAAAUGGUUUAUGCUCAGAGUGAUGAUGAGAUAAUUAAUAUUUAUGAUAAUGCCUGUAGAGAUGAUGUUGUUAGAGACAAUCCCAAAUUCAAACUGUAUUUAGAAAAGCAGUUUGAACGAAAAAGUCUAUGGGCAGUCACUUGUAGAAAAGACCUUCCUGUGCAUGGAAAUGACACAAAUAACUAUUGUGAAGUAGCUAUGCAUGUUUUGAAAGAUAAAAUCUUUUGCCGCACACGUGCUUUUAACAUUCAGCAACUGCUUGAUUUUUUAUUAACACGGCUUUCUGCCUACUAUGAAAAAUGGCUACUGGACCUUGCCAAUGGUAGGAGAGAUGAUACAUUUAGCAGACAUUAUUUAUAUGAAUCAGAAAAUAUUAAGAGGGAAAUGGUUCAGGCUGUAGGAGAUCUUUUUGAAGUUAAAAGUGAGAAGGAACAUGGUAAGUCAUACCAACUAGACAUGAACACAGGCAUGUGUUCUUGCCCAGAUGGCAUGACAGGAGCACCCUGCAAGCACCAGCAUGCUGUCAACAAAUUUUUUAAUGUUUCUCCAUCGAAUAUUGUUCCUGUUAAGGAUGUCAAAGCAAAGAGACAUUUCUUUCAGCUAGCGACUGGACACGAUAGUACUCAGCAGGAAUGGUUCCAGCCUCUUGCUGAUACUCGAGAAGACACCACCGAACUGUAUACUUUGAGUACAAAUUUGGAAACUAUAGACUUACCACUUGAGGCUGACAACAACAGGACUGAGGAAAUACUGGAACAUGACUCCGAGGACGAGUUUGAAAUCCUUACCACUAACAGACAGGUUGAUGAUGUAAUACAACAAUUUAAAAACAACAUAGGCAAACUUUUAAAAGAAAUUGAAAAUAAUCAGAAUGAACUUUUGCCUGCUGUUGACAGUUUUAAUAAACAAUUUGAAAAGUUAAGAACCACAAGUGCACUGUCAACAGCACUUUCCAAUUUUGGAAGAAACACAGGAGCAGCAACAUAUGUUGGUGGCAAACGGUGCUUGCAGAGUGGCAGGAAACCAAUAAAUGCCGAAUUUUCUGAUAAUACAAAAAAGAGAAAAAUAAUGCAAAGCAACUUACAGGAUUAGUCAGUGUCUAUUUUUCAAAUAUGUUAUUUGAUAAUGGGUUGAAAUCACAAUAUAAGCAUAGUCUGUGUUACGGGUGUCAAACUGUGUAGUACAAUUACCUACAGUAACUGUAAGAUUGGGUUAAAAAAAAUACUACAUAAGAAUAUCAGGCUGGUUUCAAAAUUCCAUAGCUCUUCAACUUUAAUUGCAAACUUUAUGAAUCAUUUACAGACUGAGAAAUUAUAGGAUUUUAUAAAUAUAAAGUCCAUCUUUCGAGAAUAUAAAUAUAAAACUCAUCCAAUGUAUUCAACGUCUGGGUGUGAAAGCUUGCUUUAGAAAUAUUCUUAUAGGAUAUAUUUUAUAUAGGGUGUCCACCAGGGAUGCCUGUAGCCAUUUUUUUUUCUAUUAAUAAACUUGUCGUUAAAAUGAUAAAACAAUGAAGGAUGGAGUCAUGUUCAUGGACACGUGUGAGGCAGAGGCAAAAGAUUUUAUCUUUGCUGCUUGAAAUUUAUAGUAACACUGUUGUAAUUCUAGAAUGGUUUUGUCUGUUGUAAAUGUUUAUAAGUACUUGAAUAUCUACCAUUCAAAUAGAUUCAGCUGUGUGAAUAGAUAAUUACUUUGUAUUACUGACACUUUUUUAUGCUUUGGUACAACUGUAUGCGGAAUUCGACUGGAAUAUUCCACUCUCUUACAAGUUUAAAUAUCAGGCAGCACUAAGAAUCUAAUUGCCAACAUCAUAGCAAAUUCGGUGAAAAAGAAUUAAGUUGUUAUUGUGUACAGUUAGCAUUUAAUUACUUUGUCUUCAUUUACCCUCUGUAUACUUUAGUUCUUCGAAUAUACUUAUACUGUGCAUUUAUCACAUAUUUCAUUAUUGUGUAUAAUACUGUUCUGCAUGCCCUCAGAGGGUUCUGAGUAAAUGUUUUAGAACUGUGAUUAUACAUAUUUCAAAAUGGCUUUAAGAAUGACAGAAUAAAAGCCAGGGUGGAACAGAAA